AUGCGUGCUUUUUCCUCUCUACUCGUGCUACUGGGGGCGUCGACGGCCAUGGUGGCCGCAAUCCAAAGCCCUCAUGCGAAGGCUGCCAAAAGGUCGGUGCCACAGCCAUUGUAUACAAAAGAUGCACCUCGUAAGAAGGAGACAACGAUGUUCUUGAAUAGUAAAUCCAAGAGUGAGGACCCUCCAUGCACGAAGUGUAUGCUCCCAACUGACAAUGGCGUAGAAUUCGCUGUGAAUGGUUCUGCUCUGCCGGAAGUUGAUUUCAACAUUGGGGAAUCAUAUGCUGGUCUGCUCCCGAUCAGCCCGGAUCCGAACGAUCCUAAUCAAUUGUUCUUCUGGUUCUUCCCUUCUGAAAAUCCGCUGGCGAAAAAGGAGAUCACUAUCUGGCUGAACGGUGGGCCUGGAUGUAGUUCUUUGGACGGGCUUCUGCAAGAAAACGGACCGUUUUUGUGGCAGUCGGGAACAUAUCAACCUAUUGCCAACCCAUAUUCCUGGACAAAUCUUACGAACAUGGUCUACAUAGAUCAACCUGUCACUACAGGUUUUGCUAGGGGAAAUAUCACCGUCAAUAAUGAAAUCGACGUGGCAAACCAAUUUAUGGGGUUUUGGAAGAAUUUCAUUAAGACGUUUCAGAUGGAAGGGUUCAAAGUUUACAUUACUGGCGAAAGUUACGCUGGAAUGUACGUUCCUUAUAUUGCAGCUGGGAUGCUUGAUGCCAAAGACCCGGUAUACUUCAAUGUCAAAGGUGUUCAGAUUAACGACCCGUCUAUCAAUGAUGAUAAUACACUCAUAGAAGCUCCCGUCGUGCCUGCUCUGUUGCAUUACAAUAAUGUGCUUGGAAUGAACGAGAGCUAUUUAGCCACUCUCACUGCAAAAGCAGAUGCCUGCGGAUACACUGAAUUCUUCAACAAGUAUUCAAAUACAUUCCCUCCACCAGGACCAAUCCCGACUGCACCAAAUUUGCCGGGCUGCGAUGUCUACGACGAAAUUGUGAACGCUUUAUUACUUGUUAACCCAUGUUUUAACAUUUACCACUUGACAGACUUCUGUCCUUAUCUCUGGGAUGAACUAGGGUUCCCUUCUCUUGGUGGCGGACCCAACAAUUAUUUCAACAGAAGCGAUGUUCAAGCUCAGCUACACAUCCCUCCAACGAAUUACUACGUGUGUGGGGGCGGUCCCAAUCUCUUCCCAAAUGGUGACCAGUCACCUCCCUCAUCAUUAGGCCCACUACCUUCAGUCAUUGAACGAACGAACAACACCAUCAUCGGCCACGGGAUGCUAGACUUCCUCCUCUUCGCCAACGGUUCAUUGAUAACCAUCCAAAACAUGACCUGGAACGGGGCCCAAGGCUUCCAAACCGAGCCUAGCAAAGAAGACAACUUCUUCGUUCCAUAUCACCAGAGCCUUGGCACCAUCUUACAACUCUCAGCCUCAGCCACUCCGAACUCGCCCCCGCAAUAUGAUACCGCCGGCGCUGGAUUCCAGGGCGUGACCCAUACGGAACGAGGACUGACUUUCGUGCGCGUGAACCUUGCAGGUCAUGAGAUCCCGCAGUAUGUUCCUGGGGCGGCGUACAGACAACUCGAAUUCCUGUUAGGCAGGAUCGAGAGCCUGGAGCAGAGGGGAGACUACACGACCCAGACUGGGAACUUCACUGGUCCAUAA